AUGACGCUCUACUACACUCUCGUCUUUCUGCUUCUCGUCUUCGAGAUGGCGCUUUUCGUGCUCCUGAUCUUCCCCACGCCCUUCAACGUGAAGCGCAAGAUCUUCACCUUUAUCUCCGAGAACCCCGUCGUUGCGAAGAUUCAGUAUUGGAUGAAGAUUACCUUCAUCUUUAUCCUGAUUCUUUUCAUUGAUAGCGUGAACCGUGUCUACCGCGUCCAGGUCGAGCUCGCCGCCGCUUCCGAACAGGCCAAGCAGGGAGGAGGUGCCGCCGUCAUGGGCCACGAACGUCUCGAAGUCCAAGCUCGCAAGUUCUACUCCCAACGCAACAUGUACCUCUGCGGUUUCACCCUCUUCCUGUCACUCAUCCUUAACCGCACAUACGUUAUGAUCCUCGAGGUGAUGCGUCUCGAGGACCAGGUCCGCGCUUACGAGGGUACCAAGACCAACACUAAGGAGGCUGAAAAGCUCGCCGUCGCUGGCAAGCCCGGUGAGGUUGCCCGUCUUCGAAAGGAGCUUGAGCAGAAGGACCAGGACCUCAAGACCCUCAAGAAGCAGAGUGAGCAGCUCCACAAGAGUUACGAUGAGCUCAGCGACAAGUACGCUGCUACCCAGCAGACCGGCGAGGGUAGAAAGGGUAUCUAA